AUGAGUUGCGGAAAUGAUUUUGUGGCAAUGCUUAAGAAAAUUGGAUAUCCAAAAGCUGAUGAGCUUAAAGGAGACGAUUUUGACUGGCUGGUUGAAUCUUCAGAAAGCAGAUCAUUCCUGGAGUGGUUUUGUGGAAAUGUAAAUGAGCAGUAUGUGGUAUCUGAACAAGAACUGCAAGAUUUUGAUAAUCUUUGUGAGUCUGGUAAGCCCAUUUUGGAAGGAAAUGCACUGGACGAAGUCCUUAAAACUCUGAGGCCUGUGGAUUCAAAGAGCAGUAGCCAAGAGGAGGAGGAACUGAAGAAAUUAGAGGAUGAGCUUCAAACUCUUCAGAAGUUAAAAAAACUUCAGAUUCAUCGGCAUAAUAAGCUUCAAAUGAUGGUUUCUGCAAACAGUCAUCUGUUACAGACGUUAAAAAGCAGAGAGAAUGAAGCACAUAAAGAAUUGAAAGAAGGAUUGGAAGUGUUUACUGCAGCAACUAAUGAACUUAACAAUGAACUGCUGUCUUUUACGGAUGCAGCUGAGAAAUGGGCCUCUCACUUCACUGCUUCAGAUUCAGAACAAGGGUCAGAUCUACAGCCAAUGUUUUUUUCCCAACUUUCUUUGGACAAGUAUUUGGCUCAGGAAGAAGAAAGAUCUGCAGCCCUUAGCUCAUACAUAAAGAAAAAUUUUGAUCAGAAUGUGUCUAAAUGGGUUGAGAAUUCACAUGAAGGCAGCUUUCAGUUUGCAGAUACCGGCAAAGAAGAUGCUUGUGAUGAGACUAAUGAAAUCUCUGAGGAGACUCGAGAGGUGACCAGGCUCCAGACAGCAUAUAUUUGUGCUCAACAUCAGCUAAUUCAGAUGCAAGCUGAAGAGGAGAGCCUUAAUUCAGCUAUAAACUGCGCAGAGAGCAUGCUGCAGUCCUUAAACAACAAGGAUAUUGGGAAACAAGAAAACCUCAGUGCCAAAAUACCUAGUUUAAAUGAUGAAAUUUCAACAAUUAAAGAAGAUAUAACUCGGAUAAACAAUGAAGAGCUGAUGCCCCUUCUGAAGGAGAAGGCACUACUUCUGAGUGCGCCUGUGGAGAAAUGCUACUUGGAGCAUCAGAUUGCUCAGCAGGAGUAUCGUGCUUCAAGACAAGAUGAAAUAUUCAGACGUUUGAUAAGACAGAAAGCAUCACUUGAGCUUAUUCAGCUAGCCUGUGAAAUGGAGUUCAAGAAAAAUAAGGAGAUCUCCUGUCAACUCGAGAAGUUAGUAGAAUCCCUAAAACAGAGCACUGAUGAGUUGCAACAAAGCCUACAGGCGAUAACUGAGCAAAUUAAACAUGCACAGCCAAGAAACACUAUUAGUUCAAAGGAUGGUUUUUCUUUCAGGCUAUACCAGCUUCUGGAAGGAGAAAAUAAAAACCAAGAAUUAUUUAAAACAUACAAAGGCCUGGAGCAGAUGGCUCAGAAGUUAAAGCAGGACUGUACUACAGCACAAGAUCAGCUAGCAGCGUCUUCUCAAGAACAGUCUCUCCUUUUGUCCAAGCUAGAAAGUGAUGUAGAUACCCUUUAUAAUGCGCUGUAUCGUGGAGGAAAUCAGAUACAACUCAGCAGUCAGGAACUUGUUGAGCAGUUGCACCAACUGGAAACUGAUUUAAAUAAAUUAAAUGAACUCCUUAUCGAUCUGAUGGCCGAUGUGAAGUCAAAGAGAAACUUUUUAGAGUCCAGUAAGCUCCAUCAAAUGGAAAGAAACUUGUAUGUGUAUUUUUAUAAAGACCAAGACCGCUUGAAAGAGAUGGUGGAGAAGCUGGAGCAGCAGGCUGAGGCGAAAGCCGGUGCUCUGGCAGAUGAGGAUUUUGCCACCAGUGGAGUUCUCGAUUUUUAA